AUGGCAGGCGUUAUGUCCCUUUUCUCCCUGAGCGGGAAAACCGCCAUCGUCACUGGUGGAACAAGAGGUAUCGGCCAAGCCAUGGCCAUUGCCUUGGCCGAAGCCGGCGCCGAUAUUGUUUUGGUUCAGAGAGACAACACCAACACAUCAACCAAAGAUGAGAUCAUACGUCUUGGUCGCAAGGCCUACAUUCACGUCGCCGAGCUGAGCGAUCGCCAAGCCAUCAAAGGCAUCAUGCCAGCAUUGACCAGCCAAGGGAUCAAGCCCGAGAUUCUGGUGAACUGUGCCGGAAUCCAACGGCGACACCCUGCCGAACAGUUCCCGGACGAAGACUGGGACGAGGUCCUGGAAGUCAACCUCUCAUCUGUAUUCAUCAUGUGUCGAGAAUUCGCCUCAUACCUACUUGCCCGUGACGCCUCCGAAUUCCCCGACGGUCGCCGGGGCUCCAUCAUCAACGUCGCCUCGCUGCUCACCUUCCAGGGCGGUAUUACUGUGCCCGCCUAUGCUGCAUCUAAGGGCGGCAUUGGACAGCUGACCAAGGCGCUCUCCAACGACUGGCUCGCUAAGGGCAUCAAUGUCAAUGCGAUUGCCCCCGGGUAUAUUGCUACCGAUAUGAACACGGCUCUUAUUAACGAUGCUGGGCGCAAUGCUGGUAUCAUGGCUCGCAUCCCCGCUGGUCGCUGGGGAAGUCCUGAGGACUUCAAGGGUGCGGUGGUGUACCUGGCUAGUCGGGCUAGCAGCUAUGUGUCUGGUGAGAUCCUCACGGUGGAUGGUGGCUGGAUGGGACGGUAA